AAUUGCAGUAUGUACUUUGGCUUAGAGUAAGAGAUUUUUACGUUAAAAGCAGGUUAGUAUUUGUACUACAGUACUUAUAUGGUAAGUAUUCGUCCUUACAGAUGUACAUGUUGGUACGCCUUAGUACGAACAUGCCACAUUUAACAUUUUUCCACGAAAUAUUUGCACUAUAAAAUUAGAGGCUUGAAGAAUACGAUUUGUAAUUCCUUGUCUCCUCCUUUGCGUGGGAAUUGGGCGAUUACAGAUGGUGGGAUCGCAUGGUUGCUGGCCCGACCGGUCGGUGAAGACGAGAUCGCCUUACAGAGGACAUUCAUCCAAAUUUACAUUUUAUCUGACAAAUACUCCGUCGCGAGUGCCUCGCUAAUAUCCUGCCAUAGAAGUAUCGUCUCGACGUCUACCAAUUUCCGUGAUAAGGGGAAUGGUUUCCUGUCCGAAUGGUACAAGCGUUUCGAAGCCCAGGGGACAGUACAGGUUGAUGAGUUUGCCAUGGUUCUUCGACAACGGACAACUGGCCGGACCCUGGGCAGCAGCCAAAAAUCCCUAAAAAUUGGCGUGAUUUAAAGGCUCGUACACGUGCAUGAGGGAGCAGGUUACGUGAGGCCAGUCUUUAAUCGGCCUGUAUAGAGCAGUAUCGGCCACUAGACUAAAUAUUCAUGCGCUGCUCAGCCUGUCAGUAAUAUCCAACUGUUUGGCUGCCUCAAGCAUCGCAAUGGAGGAGUAUUCAGAAUUUUCUGAGGAAAGAAUUUCCUUCGACAUUCCACAGAGGAGCCAUUCCGUUCCGCCGACAAAUUUCUCGGUUGUAACAUAUUCCGGUAGUUUGGAUGCGUUUGCUAAUGUUCAAGAGCCAUUUGCUCGCGAUGUUGCAGCGGAGUGCUUCAACUGGCGACGAUCGUAUGGGAAAGUUAAAGAUGUCUACUGUCACGUGCAGUUCCAAAAAUUCACGGAGCUUCCUACAGAUUUAUCAAGCGAUCCCUCAGCUACGCUUUUAGGCCCAGUUCUGCAUUCCUUUUGGUGUGAUGCCCAGUUCGUUGAUUAUCCGCGACCGAGCGUAAGAGAUCAAUUGACAGCGUGGCUGGAACAGUUGGAAUCUAAAGGUGUUCACGAUUGGAUCAUCGUAGUCCUUGUUAAGCCGGAUUCCAAAAAGUCACCUCGUUCCAAGCCGACUCCCCGUUUUGAUAUUUACGAUAAAUUGAAUUCGGAAUUUUGUUCCAAAAUGAAAGACCGCGGACGAUGUGUUUACAUUUGGGAUCCUCGAAGUGGAAUGGGCGACGCAGAAGUUUGGCACAAUGCUGUAGUAAAAUUCCGUCACCUGAUCUUUGAGGCUUACGAUGCAAAGCUGAGAGCGUAUGAAGAACAAGUCCGUAUUGCCAGGAAGAUCGAG